AUGCAAGAGAGAGUAGCUAUUUUGAAAAUAGAGAAUCAUUAUAAUUUAAAAAUCGGUUAUGAAUUGGAAACUAAGCUCACAUGGUACAAUAAUGUAUCACGUGGCCUCGCGGAUAAACUUGAUUCCCUAUGGAAAUUAGCUGAAGCACACCACUCAUCAGGAAAUGAAAUAAAACAAUUUGCAGAUCAAAUUUCACAUUCAUGGACUUCUGUAAAUCGUCAGAUUUGCGACAAGUAUUCUAAAAUUCGAAUGGCCAGUCGAACAUUACACGGUGUACCAUUAUCAGUUAUUCUUGAUAAAGUAAAGAAGGAAAUUAUCUUAUUAAAAAAAUCGCUUAAAAUUAAUCAAUCUAUUUAUAAGAAAGAAUAUAUCCGAAAAGGAUACCAAUUAAUUACAGAAAGCGAAGAACUUAUACAUAGUUUAGAAAAGUGUGAUAGUAAGUUACAACAGUAUUUGUCUAUAACAAAUAUCACUCCGCAUCUUAUUAAAUUGGAGACUGCAAUAGACAAAUAUGUCACUAAUGUUGAAUUGUUACCUGCACAGAAGUCGUUUUUAUCUGAUUUAAACAUUUUUUCGUUAGUUACUAAAUUAUUAACUGGUGAAUUACUAGAUCAUGAAUAUAUUGAUCCUAAUUAUGUUCUAAUGGAAAAUGUUCCGAAAAAACCAGUUUUCAUUAUCAAAAAUACUAAACGUAAAACAAUUAAUUCUUAUUAUCCAACGUAAAAAAGUGUUUAUUCUGCACA